AUGUCCAGCAAUAGUCAAGCACAUAAGACUCUUUCAAAGCUACUUGAAAAUUUGUCACUUGAAGAAAAUGAUGACAAGUUUUAUGAAUAUUUCGACAAACUUGGGUCCUUACCACAUGCCGAAAAAGAAGCAAGAUUUAAAGAAUUUUUAGAUAAAAAUGAACAAAUUUAUAAAGAAACUUCUAAUAUAUCAUCUGUUCAUGUUGACGAAAAUUACACUCAGUAUCAAAUUAAUGAAUACCGAAAGAAAGCAAUUGCUGAUCAUACCUUUUCAUUCGCAAUGCAGCAUAAUCUUGGACAUGUUAUCUCUGAGCGUCUCACAAAUUUCUUCAGUGUCAACAAUAAUCUUCUUGGAUCCGGAGUAGAUGGUAAACCGCUUAACCAAAUUACUUGCGCAAAUAUUAACGAUUGGAAACCUGAUUAUAUCAAUGAAAUGCGAACUCCUGCAUUCUAUGCUCAGACUCAACCUUUUACUUCUUUUAGUCCUUUAAUAAAAGAAUAUUUAUGGGGAAACAUGCCAGCAAUUAAUAUUGUAAAUUUAGCUUCCAAUGAGCUCGCUGAUGGCAAAUCAUGUUCGAACUAUAAAGGUCCUUUUAAUCUUCUCUUUGCUGCAAGCGGUGAUCUCAAUGAUGUUAUUGCAUCGGUCAAUGGAUUACCACUUGAUUUCAAUCAACAAAUUAAUAUUUGCAUUAAUGAUCAUGCUGAAAGGAUU